AUGCACCUUGUCCUGUUACUCUAAUGCAAUGAUCUAUGAGCCAUGAUGGUCUGGGUAUCCGAUGAUAGCCAUGUUGUUUGUAAAUCUCAAUUUGUUCAAUAAAAAAAAAAAACUUCGUUCAAGACUCGAAUCACAACAGCAUGAAUCUCUUCCUGGAGCUCGAGCCCAGAGCUCCGCCCAGCAGCGAGCUUUUAGGUCACAAGUUUCUCUGCGCACUUCUUCAUUCUUCCUCUCUGCGUCCAGCUGUUCCUCCUCCACAAACAACAUGUUCCUCUUCACCAUGUUUUCAGCGACUACCUGGACUUUACUGGCUCUCUGUUUCACCCUCAUAUUACUGUAUGGCAUUUGGCCAUAUAGGUUUUACAAAAAACGCGGAAUACCCGGACCAAGACCCUUUCCUUUCCUCGGAACACUGCUGUACUUUAGGAAGGAUGUAUGAUGCACGAUCACCGGCGAUAAUGGUGGCAGACCCUGAGAUGAUUAAAACUGUGCUGGUGAAGGAGUGCUACUCUGUGUUUACCAACCGCAGGGAAAAUCAACUGGCAGGACCUUUGGAAGAUGCAAUUACUGCAGUUAAAGAUGAAAGGUGGAAAAGAAUGCGGAGCACCUUAUCACCAUGCUUCACCAGUGGAAGAAUGAAACAGGUUUUUCCCAUCGUUGCUCGCUAUGCAGACCAACUCACUGAAAAACUCGGACGAACAAAUUUGGAUGAACCCGUUGAUGUCAAACAAUUCAUGGCACCUUAUAGUUUGGACGUUGUGACCAGUGCAUCUUUCAGUGUUGAGGCAAACUCCAUAAACGAUCCAGAUGACCCACUUAAUAUUCAUCUCAAGAAGAUCCUGAACUUCAGAUUGUGGCCUUUCUUUUUAUUAAUGAUAUUUCCUUUUGCCAGCCGUCUGUUGAAGCUCCUGAAUAUUGAAGUCAUGCCCAGACUCAGUGUGGAUUAUUUCUACAACAUUAUCAAGAGAUUUAAAGACGAGCAUCGUGCAGACAAAUCUGUUCGAGCAGACUUCCUGCAGGUGAUGGUCCAGAAUGAGAUACCAGAAACAGACAUAAAGAGUGAACAUGAUCAGCCAAGUAAAGGUUUGACUGAGCACGAGAUCCUUUCCCAGGCUUUCAUUUUCAUCUUUGGUGGCUAUGAGACCACCAGUGUCACUCUCACGUACAUCCUUUACAAUCUGGCCACCAACCCUGAUGCGAUGCAGACCUUGCAGGAAGAACUCGAUGCCAGCCUGCCCAAAGAUGCUCCCGUUUCAUAUGAGGAUGUGCUCGGUCUUCAGUACCUGGACCAGGUUAUCUGUGAGUCCCAGCGUUUGCUUCCCACUGCACCUCGGCUCGAGAGGAUGUGCAAAAAAACGGUGCAGGUCCACGGCAUCACCAUCCCUGAAGGAACCAUAGUUGGCAUUCCUGUGCACCUGUUACACAAGGACCCACGCUUCUGGAGCUCACCUGAGCUUUUCAGACCAGAGAGGUUCAGUAAAGACAGCGGGGAGGAGGUGAACCCGUACGCGUACAUGCCGUUUGGGCUCGGUCCUCGUAACUGCGUCGGGAUGCGCUACGCUGUCCUCACCCUGAAGAUGGUCCUUGUCCGUCUCCUGCAGAAAUACACCGUGGAAACGUGCAAAGACACUGUGAUUCCGUUGGAGUUUAACUCCUUGUUCCAGCCGAUACAGCCAGUAAAACUCCAGUUCGUUCCCAGACAGCAGUAGUCCAGGAGGGGAGCAUCUCCAAUUCUACCGUGCUUGUGAAUUGCUUGUUGUUGAUUCAACUGCUGACAUCAUGAGAUUUCAAGUUUUGUAUAUCAAAUGUUUAUUCUACUCGAUGAGUUAAAUAUUAUUUAACUCAAACCAUAUUUAACUCAACGCACCUUGAACAUCUGUUUUUUCUUGAAAUGUUGAUGAAUCAAAAGUAUUUGACACUUUAUAAUAACCAUCAUUUAUAAAUGGGAAAUUUAUAUUUCAUUAAACUUAGUUAACAGUUAUUUUACUGUUAAAAAA